AUGGGCGGCAUCAUAACUCAGAUGUGGCCACCAAAGCCUGCCUUUACAGAGCAGAAUCUGGGAGACUUGUCCGGAAAGAUCUACAUCGUUACCGGCUCCAAUACCGGCGUCGGCAAAGAACUCGCACAAAUCCUUUAUUCCAAAGGGGCAGCCGUCUAUGUCGCGGCCCGAAGCGAAGCCAAAGCCACUGAAGCCAUUCAAGAUAUUCGCGCCGCCUUUCCGACUUCCACCGGUCGCCUCGAGUUUCUUGCUCUCGACCUGUCCGACUUGAGAGCCGUUGCAAGGUCGGCUAAAGAGUUCAUCACGAGGGAGUCUAAGCUUGAUGUCUUGUUCAAUAAUGCGGGCGUGAUGCAUCCGCCACAAGGAUCAACGACAAAGCAGGGAUACGAACUCCAACUGGGCGUGAACAAUCUCGGUCAUUUGCUGUUUACAGAGCUUCUGACGCCGUUGCUUGCUACAACUGCGGCGAGCUAUCCUGCGAGCUCUGCCAACACGGUGCGAGUUGUCUGGGUGAGCUCUCUGUACUCGGAAAUGGGCUCACCAAAGGGAGGAUUUGAUCCCGAGAACAUGGGAUUUACGAAAAAGGAGGAGAGUACCUAUUACAAGUACUCUGUGAGCAAGGCGGGCGUAUACUAUCAGGCAGCAGAGUACGCGAAACGAUACAAGGACAAGGGAAUCAUUAGUCUGGCUGUGAACCCUGGAAACCUCAGAUCAGACCUUCAGAGAUAUGGCGGGCAGGGUUUCGUUCACAAAAUAAACCAGAAAGUCAUUUUGUUUCCCGCAAUCAAUGGUGCAUACUCUGAGCUAUUCUGUGGCCUCUCUCCACAAGUGACGGCAGACAAGUCGGGAAGUUAUGCGAUACCGUGGGGAAGAUUUGCGAAGAUUAGAGAAGACAUCGAGAAGGGAUCGCGAAGUACGAAAGAAGGAGGAACUGGCUUGGGAAAGAUUUGGUAUGACUGGUGCCUGGAUCAGGUUGAACCAUUCAUGCAUUAG